CUCAGAUCAAUCGCUGCCAGAUGAGGAAUGAAAUAAAAUGCCAGGUGAGAGAAAGAUUGAAGAACACAGUUGUUGUCAUAGUAACGGCGAGGCGGAGCGUAAGAAAAGGGGGACUAGUGUGUUUGUUGUUGAUGGUCACGUGGCCCCGCAGCGGCGAUGCGAGCGUUGCGAGCGCCUUCCUUCCUUCCCCGACCAGUUACUACAAAAUGGCUGCAGAGGCAUCAGCGUCGACAAGAACCCAGUGAACACUUCAUGGCCACGGAACAGAAAACUAAAGUGCCAGACUCUGCCCCUGCUCCCAGCGCCCUGCUGUCUGUCGCAGCCCCCUGCAGAGGGGAUGGCAGCAGCGCACCCUACCCAGGCCAGCCACAGGCACCACCAGCACCUCCACCUUCAGCACAACGCCACCCCCCAAGAGAUGUCCCCCCACGCUUCCGCCAACAGGAGCACAAGCAACUGCUGAAGAGGGGCCAACCCCUGCCUCCCGGGCUUUUGACCCUGCCCCCACAAAACCCUGCGGCGUCCGAGUCCCCCCUGGCAGCGUCGCUGUCGUCUGCAACAACUACAGAGGCGUCAGCAGCAGAAGAACAAGCUUCUUCCUCCUCUUCCUCGCCAGCCAGCUCAGAGCUGCCCCCAAAGAGUGGCCAAGGAGCCCAGUAUAGAAGUCCCUUCCGGGGACACCAGCCUGCCAAUCAGAGCGUUAGUGGAACAUCACUUUCCACAAAUCCCAGUGGCUGGGAUCAACCAAUCAUCGACCAGCGGGAGUCCGAGGCCUUGCCCUCAAUCAACCACAGCGAGAGUCGUGACUCUCAAGGAGGAUGUCCUACGGGUGCUGACCCGAGUAAUCUGGCUAGAGACAGCAGCAACAGUUCGGCCAGUAUGGCCACAGGAGCCAAUGGUCAGACAGGCAACUUCCCUGCCAGCCACACAAGCAGCAAGGCCAACUCUGGACCCAGCCCUGCCAAUCAAAGUGGGGCCAACAUGCUGUCCAACCAGGCCGCAGCCAAUCGCAGCUGGGGAUCUGGACCGGGGUCUGGCCAUUGCCCUCCUCAGUCCUCAAUGGGGGGCGAGGGGAAGAGUGACGUCCAAUUAGGAGCAGGUGUCAUGGGCUGGGGUUCCUCCUCCUCCACGUCCAACUUUAACUUGAAUUUGAACCCCAACGCCAACCCGUCUGCCUGGCCGGCAUUGGGGCACGACGGGGCCGGUACAGGGGGAGGAACAAACCCCAGCUCCCCACCUCAACCCCUACCCACCCUCUGCAACCUAGCUGGGGGCCCAACAGCACAGGCCAAUGGCAGCACCGGAGCCAACGCCAACGGAAACGCCUCGGGGAGCGGCAGUGCCUGGGGUGGCACGAUGCCCUCUGACCCUUCAGAGCCGCACCCUCCCUCGUCAACGAAUGUGUCUUUCAGCUCCGAACCUCAGAGCCUUAACACGGACGGACAAAAUCACACUAACAAGCAGGAGCCUCCCAGCCCCAUGCGCAACAUGCCCGGCUGGGGCGGUGGCCCCGUGGGAGUGGGGCCCCGGGGCCACUCCCAGCCCGGCGCUCCGCAGGUGAACGGAGAGGACGGCGGCGCCGCAUGGGGCAGCGGGGAGCCCAAAACGGCUCCGUCCAAGGAGGCUUCCGGAUGGGACUCUGGUUCAAACUGGGGUCUCCGAGGAGGUGCGGGAGGAUGCUCCGGCGGCUGGGGCAAGCAGCAGAGCAGCGGAGACUGGGGGAAGCAAGGUGCCACUGAGGCUCCGGGGGGCUGGGACGCCCCUGGCUCCCCUCCCCAGGACCAGAAGGCCAAUUCCUGGGGCAGGGCCCAGAUCACCGCGGUCACCAGUGAGGGCAGCAGUGAUAACGCCGAGGGUCUGACCCGCUGCCCAGACCGACCUUCAAGGGAAGAGGUGCCCCCGGCGCUGCCUGCCGCUGACGUCGAUCCCAGGGUGCUUUGCAACACGGGCUGGGGUCAGACCCCCGUGCGCCAACACACUUCAUGGGACAUGAUCGAGAAGAACCGCAAGGCCGAGAAAGCCGCUGAAUCCUGGGGCUCGCGUCCCUCAACCUGCAGCGACGUCCAGGGGCCCUCCAACACCAAUAUGGCCCCUUCCCAGAGGUCGGACCCUGUGAGCAAAAGCGAUGGCCCCGAGCCCCAGGGAGCCCCGGGCUGGGGUGGAGGCGUGGCCCCUACCAACCAGACCAGCUCAGGCUGGGGGGAUCAACCCAGCAACAAAAAGCCCCCCCCUGGUGGUCCUGGGGGAUGGGGGAACAGCCAGCCAGGAGGAGUCCAAAUGAAUGUACCGAAAAAUGCUGGUCCGGGAUGGGGAGAGGAGAAACCUGCCAGCUGGGAGGACCCUCAAAAUAAAACGAAGGCCCAAGGCUGGGGAGAGACGCCCAAAGCCUCCCCUGGCUGGGGUAAGAGCGGAGGAAACGGUGGCGGGGGCGACUGGGAGACAGACGAAAAGCAGAAGGAAAACUCCAACCCAAACACAGCCUGGGAAGGAGAGGCAGGAGGCUGGAAGGAGAACCCCAGAAGCUGGAGCAAACCUGCCCAAGGAACUGGGCUGUCUGGGAGAGGUGGGGCUGGAGGUGGUGGAGGUUGGACAGAGCCUGCCAGCCAACACCCAACUGGUCCAACCCCGGGAUCUGGGGUAUCUGGAGGUGGAGGUUGGGCGGAGCCAGCCAGCCAGCGCCCCACAGGUCAGACUCAAGGAUCUGGGGCAUCCGGAGGAGGAGGUUGGGCGGAGCCAGCCAGCCAGCGGCCCACUGGUCCUGCCCAAGGAUCUGGGGCAUCCGGAGGAGGAGGUUGGGGAGAGCCAGCCAGCCAGCGCCCCACUGCGGCAUCCGGAGGAGGAGGUUGGGGAGAGCCAGACAACCAGCGCUCGACUGGUCCUGCCCAAGGUUGGGGGGGUAAAAACCCAGAUGUGCCCAACGGCAGUGGGGGUGGCGGAGGAGGAGGCGGAGGAGGAGGAGGAGGAGGAGGAGGCGGAGGCAUGGGGUCUUGGAGCGGCCCAGGACUCGUUAAGCAGAGCGGCAGCUGGAGCGGGAAGAAGCCGGAGCCCCCGGGAUCGUCGAGCGGCUGGGAAGAGCCCUCCCCGCCAUCGAUCCGCCGGAAGAUGGAGAUCGACGACGGCACGGCGGCCUGGGGGGACCCCGGCACCUACAGCAAGGCGGUGAACCUCUGGGACCGCAACAACCAAGGGAAGUCCCAGGGUAAGGCCCCCCAGGGGGGGUCCUCCAAUCCCCCCGCCCCCAGCAACAACCACGGCCAACACCACCACCCGCACGGCCACUCCCACCCAUACCACGGGGGGCCGCCGCCUCCCGCUGUCCCCAGCCACAGCCAAACCCACCCGCCCCAGAACCCCAGCCUCCCCAGCGGGCCCCUGGAGCCCAGCGUGCCUCACCAGACGGGGCCCUCUCCUCACAGCAGGACCUCAGCCAUGAACCAAGGUUGGGGUGAGAUACAGGGCUCCCAUGCCAAACCAGAGGGGUCCUGGGGGGACCAAGCGCCCCAGCAGGCCAACGCGGACAAUGGGACGUCGACCUGGGGGAAGUCCAGUGGGGGCUGGGGCGAGGUGGGCCCCGAGAGCUACAGUCGGGGAAACCAACCCAUUGGAUCUGCAUCUUGUAAACCUGCCCCAAAACCUAUGCAAGACAGCUGGGCUGGAGGAGAUGAGGAGCAGAUGGGCAUGUCGGGCGGCCAGUGGGACCCGGAUGAAGGAGACGCGUGGAACAGCGGCAUGUCCCAGGAGAACAACUCCUCAUGCAACUCCUGGAGCAACGGGCCGAAGAAGGGCCUGCAGAAGAUGCAAGGGAAGAUCCCCGGGAAACAGGAAGAGGCCUGGAUGCUGAAUCGCCUCAUCAAGCAGCUGACCGAAAUGGGCUUCCCUAGGGACCCAGCCGAGGAGGCCCUGAAGACCAACAACAUGAACCUGGACCAGGCCAUGAGUGUGCUGCUGGAGAAGAAGCUGGAGUUGGACAAGCGGGGCAUGGGCAUGGCCGGCCAUGACUACAGCAACGGCCUCAUCAACAAGGCCCUGGGGGGGCCCCGGCCCCCGCUCCUCUCCAAAGACCCCCCCAUGGACCGCCGCUCCCCCUUCAUGGAUAAGGCUGGGAUAUUUGGGAGUGGUGGGCCAGCGCAAGGCCGCGCCCUUCAUCAUCAUCAGCAGCAUCAGCAGCAUCAACAUCAGCAUCAGCAGCAUCAGCAGCAUCAGCAGCAGGCCCCGCCCCCGCAGCCACCAGUGCCACCGCCCGGCUCCUCCCAGCCCGGUCUACGGGCUCAAGUGCCUCAGAUACUCUCCCCUCAGGUUCAAGCACAGCUCUUACAGUUUGCAGCAAAAAACAUUGGUCUGAACCCUGCACUUUUAACCUCACCGAUUAACCCUCAACACAUGACCCUCCUCAACCAACUUUACCAGCUGCAACUGGCAUACCAGCGUUUACAGAUUCAGCAACAGAUGUUGCAGGCGCAGCGCAACGUCUCUGGCCCCAUCCGACAGCAAGAGCAGCAGGUUGCACGUACAAUCACAAACAUGCAGCAACAGAUCCAGCAGCACCAGCGGCAGCUGGCCCAGGCCCUGCUGAUGAAGCAGCAGCCGCCACCGCCCACCUCCCACGCCGGCCUGCACCCAGGAUCCGUCAAAUCAGCCCUGGACUCCUUUCCAGGACAUCCCCAUGCUUCGGGCCUUCCAGACCUGCAGACCAAAGAGCCACAGUCUUCUCCCCACGCCUACAGCACCUACCCACACUCUGGGCUGAAUCCCAACAUGAAUGUAAACCUCAACGAGGUGGGCGGGGGGCUGUCCAUGAAGGAGCACUCCCAGCCCCAGUCCCGCCUAUCCCAGUGGACGCACCCCAACUCCAUGGACACACUCUCCGGGGGGUCCUCCCCCCUGGAGCACAACCUGGCCAAGCAUGCCAACCUGGGAUCCUCGCGCAAGUCGCCCCAGAUGGAGGACUCCUACAGCGCCUACAGCCUACACUCCGAAUCCCCCUCCAGCCCCCCGGACCACUGGGGCUCGGGCAAGAGCAGCAACGACAAGAUGGCCAACGGGACCAACAUCACCUGGCCUCCAGAGUUCUGCCCCGGCGUGCCGUGGAAGGGCCUCCAGAGCAUUGACCCCGAGACGGACCCCAACAUGACCCCGGGUAGCGUCCCCAACGGGCCCACCAUCAACACCAACAUUCAGGACGUGAACCGCUACCUGCUGCGGGACCGGAGUGGAGGCUCCUCCCCCACCUCAUCUCAGACCGAGGCUCUGACUCCCUCCUCUGAUUGGCCAGUCAGUUCCUACUCUAGCUCGUUCAGUCUGUCGUCCCCCGAGAUGGACGACGCAGGUAAGCUGCCGGACAUGAAGUCCACCUGGUCCCCGGGGGCCAUCUCCAACAGGGAGGCCACAGGCUCGCUGUCCCACGAGCUGUGGAAGGUCCCCCAUGGGCCCCGCAACUCUGCGGCCCCCUCGAGGCCCCCGCCCGGCCUCACCCACACAAAGCCCCCACCCUCGGCCCCAUCGUCCUCCACCUGGGGGGGCAACUCCCUAGGACUGGGACAGUCCUGGAGCUCCUCCUACACCUCAGCUGGUAACACCUGGAGCACAGACAGCUCCAGCAGAGGCAGCAGCUGGCUGGUGCUGAGGAACCUCACGCCACAGAUCGACGGCUCCACCCUGCGCACGCUGUGCAUGCAGCACGGCCCGCUGAUCACCUUCCACCUGAACCUGACGCAGGGCAACGCCGUGGUGCGCUACAGCUCCCGGGACGAGGCUGCCAAGGCCCAGAAGUCCCUGCACAUGUGCGUCCUGGGCAACACCACCAUCCUGGCGGAGUUCGCCGGGGAGGAGGAAGUGGCGCGCUUCUUCGCCCAGGGCCAGUCGCUAGGGGCGACCACCAGCUGGCAGGCCAACCCUUCCGGCAACGCCAACCAAGCGCGGAUGGGCGGCGGCGGUGGCCCCGCCCACCCCAUCGGACACCACGCGCCCCACUGGGGCCACCACAACAGCUGCAGCGGAGGUAACGGGGCCGGAGGCCUGGGCGGCGGGGGGAGCAAGGCGGGCGGAGGUGACAUGCUGUGGGGGGGCGGCGGGCCCCAGUACUCCAGCCUGUGGGGGCCCCCCGGCGGCGGUGAGGACGGACAGGUCAUGGGGAGCCCCACCCCUAUCAACACUCUGCUGCCAGGGGACCUUCUGAGCGGGGAGUCCAUGUAAGAGCACAGAGGCCCCCUCGGGGGGGGGGGGAGGGGGGGGCCCAAACACAACGAGAGAAUCCAGAUAGCAAAUCAAUGUGGAGAUAAUCAGUGUGGAAUCCGUCAAUCGGGAGCGAGAGGGGAAGACCAGGCUGUCCCCGGAGACCCUGCACCUCGUCUCUCUGUUGAGAUCGGCGCUCCUUUUGAUUUCAGUGUCGGAAAUAUAUCAAGUGUAAAAUGUUACGUCUUUUUUGUGUGUGUGUGUGUGUGUGUGAAUCUCAGAGGGUGGUUACUUUUCUCAGUGUUCACUCUCUCGAAAAGCAACAGGACAGCUAGUCUCAACCUGGGAUAACUCUUUUUUGCAGUAGUGCAACUGUUUUCGGACAACUGUUCUCUUGACAUUUGCGCCGUGUUUUAACCUAACAUAAAUGUCGAUGAUACGUGCUGCCAUCUAGAAAACUUGACAACCGCCAGUCCGCUCAGCCUGCCCCAAUCAGAACGGUUCUAGAGCUCGGCGCCACUCCGGACUAUAAGUGGCGCUCUUCUCUCAGUACUAUUUACUAGCCUUAACCUCUAAUGACCCCCUCCUCCCAAUGCCCUUUCUGACCCCACUCGGACCUCGGACCUCUCAAACCAUGCUCAAACUAUGUGUUGAAAGGGAAAGAUGCAACUCCCUUCGCGCCUUGUUUGAAGCCAUUUCUGUUUGGUUGGGUUGACUUUGACUUCCUUGGUGGAGAAGAAGAGGGAAAAGGAAACGCAAACAAAGCAAAAACACUGCAAUUGAAGUAAAGGUCAAAUGUGUCAACUUAUUUGUGCUCAGCGGUGGGUUAAGCUUUUCAAAUGUAAUCAUUAUCGCUGGCUGGUGUACGUACGCGCGGGUCAGCACCAAUCAGCCUAACGAACCACUGCUCUCCUACUAUAAACCAACUCUACGACCCCGCCCAUCCGCCACCUACCUGGGAUCCCCAUACCCCCGACUCAGCUGACCAGUCGAGCUGAACCCCCAGGCGGCGAGCGACCGGGUGGGGGAAACGUCUGUUGCAGCAGGGGGCGCUUUCCUCCACCGUGUAAAGUGAUCUGCAAUACAAGCCACAGACUCUACCGUCCAAGUACCAACACACCCCGCAGAGAGGAAACACACAAACGAAAACCCAGUUGGACGCAUGUAUAUCGAUGCAUAUCCGACAGGACGCUGGAGGAUCCCAGAGUCUGCCGGAGAGCCUAGGGUCCAUGUCUAAAUUGCUGGGUCCCACUUGGUGUUACUGUGCGAGGCGAAGAAGCUUGAGACCGAUGCCUCCUCAAACGGUUCUGUUCGGUUGUGACACAACGGACAUGGUCCACUUUCCUCAGCAAGCCGCCGGUCCUCACUAGUGACUAUUGCGGUAAAGUGUGUGUGUGUGUGUGUGUGUGUGUGUGUCUGUGCGUGUGUGUGCCUGUGUGUGUGUGUGUGUGUGUGAGAAAAUAUGUAUGUUUAGAAUGGUGAAAAACAAAUUUGAGGAAGUUGUUGUCUGUAUUACCAAGACGACGAAAGAGGCAUUCAUUUUAUUUAGUUUUGUGUUGCCUGUGUUUUCUUGGUACCAUGGUGUAAUGAACUCUAAAGAGGUGUUUAUCAUAGCACUUAGCAACCUUUAAUGCAAACAAAUCAGUAGAGGUGAGAAUGGACACUGGCAAACAAAAAACGACAUAAAAAAAAGAAAGCGUUCUCAUAAAAAGCAAUCUGCUCAGUGACUUUUCUGUGUACUUAUCGUUGAACCUUUACGAGGAUGUGGAGAAAAAAAAUAUUUCUUUGUGUAUUUUCUUAUUUUAGAUUUAGUCCUUUCCUCCCUCGAUUCGGUGGGACCAGGAAGGAUGUAGAAAGAGAAGAGAACCUGUAGCAAAGUUGGAAUGAAUACAACAAACCCAAACAAAAGACCGGACUUGCAUUCUGUGCGGAGCACUCCCGGGUCAUCUUUGAUUAGAUCAGUGAACAUCACGUUUCCUGACUUUAAAGUCUCCUUUAGCCUUUGUGUCCAGGAUGCCCGAAGGGUCCCUUCCCACCAAUCCUGCAAGGGGGUAUGUUAGCCACCUGUGUGUGUGUGUGUGUGUGUGUGUGUGUGUGUGUGUGUGUGUGUGUGUGUGUGUGUGUGUGUGUGUGUGUGUGUGUGUGUGUGUGUGUGUGUGUGUGUGUGUGUGUGUGUGUGUGUGUCCUCCAGAAGGCCCCAUGCCAGCGUGCCUGCCCGCUGGGGACCGCUGGCCUACCCGUAUUAAAACUACUAUCAUACCACCUCUGCUACUGCUGCUGGGGCAGAGUCUGUCCUCAGCAAACCUGUGUCUAUCUCCCUCUCCUCUGACUCUCUCUCUAACUCUCAUGCAAGAAUCACUUUAGCCAGAGGUAGAGGAUGUCCGACAUUUCCUGGUUUCACUUAUGGUGUCGUGUUUUAUUAACAAUAUAUAUAGUUAUCCGUUUAGAAUUUCAUCCACUUGUUUUGCCGUAGUUAAUGAUGAUUACUGCGUUGUUGCGCCUCUGACAUCGAGGGCCCGUUGACAGGCAAGUGUUUGAGUGUGGCGUGUGUGUGUGUGUACGUGGGAUCUCAUGUUCAGAGAUUAGGCCUUGCCCCUUCUUGGGAAUGGAAGGGAGAGAGGUAGUAAUUCUGUGUGUGUGUGUGUGGGUUUGAAACAAGUCAGCCAUUCUACUCCCCCCAGUCCUGCCACUGCUCCACCAACACUACCAUGUAUCAGGGUGUCACCGUGCCAAUUCCUCCCCCACACACACACAGACACUGGUGCUGUUGUUAUUAUUAUUAUUAUUAUUAUUAUUAUUAUUAUUAUUAUUAUUAUUAUAUGUCCUUUAUAAAGAACUGUGGGAGCGCUCGGGACAGACUGCUGCCCUCUGUUUCUAUGCAAUAACCAGAAGGUUGAGGGUUUGACGGCCAUCGUGAUGUAUGCGAAGCUCCACCGGGCCCCGACCGAGACCCACCGCUCACACUCCAGCCCCUCCCCACCCUCCUUGGCCGGCUGUACUUUAUGUGGAGGGAACCUCUUUCUUUGAGCAACGACCACACCCCCUUCACUCCCAACCUUUUGGGGUUUUAUGAGAUGGGAUUAGUGCUUAACGGAGAGGGAGGGGUGGACAUGGGAACAACACUAAGCAGGGGCUUGACGCAGAAGCUGUAUGCAAUAACAACUUGUCUGCAGAUACAUCUCCUUCCAUUUUUCCAUACGUUACAUCUGUGGUAGAAUCAUUCUGUUGAUCCUACAUCUUCCCCCCCUGUGUUGUUGUCGUUCGGCGGGUGGUGGGUGGGGGUUCUGCUCCAGCAGAUGGCUAGGAAGGGGGAGGUUUGCUGGCCUGGCCGAGGACAGCCUCUUGGCGCCGGUCUUAAUUAAUAACAGGGCACCGAGACAGCUGGGAAAGCAGUGGUAGGUAAGAGUUAAGAUGUUUUGGGUAUGAUUCCUAGUGUGGCUGUGGCUGUGUGAGUGUGGGCUGUUGACGCGCUAAAAGGGUCACAAUUUGGUACAUCUUUUUUAAGAAACCGAAAACAUGAGAUAAAAAAAAAAGUUAUUGCGAUGAUUUUGACAGACAAAAAAGCAACCUUAUUCUUAAGUGUGCCUGCGCUGUACACUCUGCGUGUUCUCUUCAUCUAGCUCGGCUCAAAGGGCCCUCUUCAGGGGCACCUCUAUUCACAGCGUUCACUUCUGACCUCCGAACUAUAGGGGGCGCCAGCUAACUUAACAGGGGUACACUUCCUUAAAUCAGCAAGACCACAUGGACGGACUUCAUGUUUGGUACCAUUUCGGGAACAUGCCCUCUCUUCCAGUCGCGGGAGAAAUUCAACCCAACAAUCACUAAUGCCUGUUCUUGUCUGGGGUUUUUUGUCUCUGGAAUCCCUUUUUCUUCUCGCUUUCUUUCUCUCCCUCCCUCUUCCGACUGGUCUUGAUCAGGGACUGGCGAGUAUGCAAGGUGCUGUGUACCCCCCCGCCCCCCCCCCGCUUCUCUCACCCAUCCCAACGCUCUCCGUCUCUAUGAUCUACCUGUCAAGGACAAUGAGUGUUGGAAGGAAGUGGUCUUUUUUUGUGUUGUUCUCGUGAACUUGGACUGAAAUGCAACUGGAGUUCGAUUGAUAACCGUGCUUAGGAGAGACGCAUACAAGAUUUUUCGAAUGACAAAUAAUUAAACAUAAAAAUGCGAAGGCCUGGCUCUUUUAUGCACAUGCUAGUUUGUACAUGUCUACAAUCAAGAGUCAUUUAAGCAGUGUAUUGUGUGUUCGGCUAGAACUGUCUUAGUCUGAUUUAAUAUUUUCCAAUGCCCCAUCGGCUCCCAAAACCUUCUGGCCUGACUUCUCCCUAAUGCUUUGUAUCUUUUUCCCAUUUCCCAGACAUAAACAUAAACAUAUCAGAAUAAUAAAAAAACAAAAACAUUAACUAAUACUUGAAUCAAAAGAAGCGCCAAUAAUGUAAUGUGAACACUUUUUAAAGUGAUUUUUUUUCUUUUUGUCUCAUUCAUACGUCAAGAGAUUUUUCUAACAGCAUUGGUUCAGAUUAAACAACCAUUGAAAUACAAGCAUUGUUGGAAAAACAAAGAUUUAAUAUUAAGGCAAUUGGACAUCUGAUGUAUUAAAGCAAUUUGACAUCUGAUGUUGUUGUGUGUUUGCACAAGUUUGCUUGGUGUGUGUGUGUGUGUGUGUGUGUGUGUGUGUGUGUGUGUGUGUGUGUGUGUGUGUGUGUGUGUGUGUGUGUGUGUGUGUGUGUGUGUGUGUGUGUGUGUGAGAAUAUCAAGGGUUUUGAGCCUGUGAAUUUGGCGGACAUGGUUCCCACUGUGUAUUUUUAAUUUGAGUAGGUUAUCCUAGGAUUUUUUUUGAGCGUGUCUGUUCAUUGUUUCAUUUGUUUUGCUUGUUGAAAAGUAUAUUCCAAUGUUGGUCGUCAUUAGCCUAUAGCGUUGCACGGAGUGGCUGACCCAGCCCCCUCCUUAGCCAAUCGAACAACCCGAUCCAAGUAUGGGGGCCGGGGAGUAAACAGGCCGGGACACUUCACGUGUAAAUGUUUACUCAAGGACUAAAAAUGUAAGUGUGUUUGAAAAAAAUAUCUGUAAUAUGUUUAUCUACCUUAGUGGCUUUCAUCUUGGAAUAAUCCGAGAUGAACCGGAUCAUAUAUAUUGAGUAUUGCACCAUUUUCUUUCAGACUCUAAAAGAAAAAAAAAGAAACAGAAAAAUCUUUUUUAUAGAUACACAGAAAAUGCAACAAAAAAAAGUAUUUUGCUGACCUGUGGCCAUGGUCUGAUGUGGGAGGUUAGCACUGUUUUUGCUGCGAUGCAAAGCAUAGUCGCGGUUUGAAAUGGAAGGACAAGACAUCGGACUGAGUUUUGGAACCUUCCAGAGCUCUUCAGAGGGUGCCUAUUUUUAUUUUUUUUAACUUUUAUUUCUUUCUUGAUUAUUGGGGGUUGUUAGCUUUGUUUCAGUUUCUACGGAGGUUCAGUCCUCUAGCAUUUUUAGUUUUCCUUCUCUCAAGGCCACCAAACCGUUUACACCAAACACUUUAUUUCCUGGUGUUUUUUACAAUAAAAUGAAAAAAUUGAAUAAAGAUUAAGCAAAAUGAUACUAUGGGAACUUAUAAAAAAAUUGAAAAGGACAAAUGCUUCCAUUUAUAAAGUACAACACAACGCUUUGCAUUAUGAAGACUUAUUGUCUUUAGGAGCUCUGGGAUGGAACAGUGUCGCCAUGUUCUGUUUGACCUUGGGCUGCUUUGUUCUGUCAAUGUUGAUUUUUAAGGACUAUCUGAAAGCCUGUCAUUUAAAUGUUGAUAUAUGAAUAUAUUUUGUUCCUUUUUAUUUUAUUCAUUUUGAAAGAAGACAUAAUUGCUCACUAUCUUGCACACACAAAAAAAGUGGAUUUCGUCUCAGGAAGGCUGAGUUUCCAGAGUACUGACUCCACGCCAUUUUAAUGUAAGUUUUUACAAGUGAAUAUAACAAUUUAAAAAAAGUUGAUACGAAAAAUACAAAUUGUAAGCACUGAAAGUUAUGGAUUUCAGAGGAAAGAAGUUCUCUUUGUUUUCUAAAUCCGUAGCAGUUACAUAUUAACCAAAUAAUGGACUUUAAUGAAAAUGGAGUGCUUUAUAUAUAAAUCUAUAUAUUAAAAAUUGCUUUACAUUUACAAAAAAAAAGUGGUCAAUGAUUUUGAUUGUGAAAGAAAAAAGUGAAUAACAUGCAACAUUGCUGUUUGAAUCUUUAUUGUAUUUUAUUAUGAGGUCCCGACCUGACUGAAUCAGGAACAUUGUGCAUUACUCUCUUUCUCGCUCUCUCUCGCUCUCUCUCUCUCUCUCUCUCUCUUAUAUUUAUAUAUAUAUAUGGCGGGUAUUAGACAAUAGAAACAUUCGAAACCAUUUUUGUGAAUGCUUUUGGUGGGUCUUACUUGCAGGAUCGUUUUUUAUUUGUAACCGACUGGUUUCAAAAGAUCACAAAUCUAUGCACAAAGUUUUGGGGCGCUGAUGAAGGUGUCGUUACCUACUUCUCUGUGACCCAUGUAUUUUUUGCUUUGUCUUGUGGGGUGGGGGGAGGGGUGUCCAAUGUAUUGUGUUAUCCUAAAGUGGUGGGUGGACUGCGGAGGUCUUUAUCGAUGCAGAUGUUGGAGCCUGCACCACCACUUCCCUACUCCAACUUCCUCCCCCCACAACUAUGUACCGCUACAUCACCAUGCUGUGUAUUUCUUACAAAAAAACACCAAUGAGCAUCUUAGUCUAGAGCACUGUGGGAUUCGAACCCAUCAGGGGUGUAUCUUGGUUCAAUUGUGUUUUUUCCUUCUGUCCCUUGGACCCUUUUAUUCAGUUAAAAGUAUUUUGGUUGGGUGGGGGGGGGGAUUAGGGCUGUGUUGCAUUGUUUUUCAUGUUUAUGAAAUGCUAAGGAAAGAUGUCUGUACUGAGAUUAAAUGAAAGUUCCGUGGCUUGUAAUGUUUUAUUUUACUCUCUGUAUAUCUUUCUCCUCAUAGAAUGUGAUUGUUAAAUGACAUGCACCGGAAAAAAAAUGAAACAAUGGUUUUAAUAAUCAAUGGCGCUUCUUUCAAAUAUUAAUAAAACUGCAGUUUUUUACUUGGCUGUUAAAGAUGAA